AUGGGGCCUCUGGAGGUCGUCUCGCAGCUGGCCACGGGGAUCAGCGUGCUGGCGGGCGUCAUGCUGGUGAAGACGGCCAUGGACGGCAAGCCGAUGGCCGGCGGCGGCGGGGGGUGGCCGAGGUGCCCGAAGUGCAACGGCACGGGGCGCGUCGCCUGCAUGUGCUCCCGCUGGUCGGACGGCGACGUGGGCUGCCGGACCUGCGCGGGAUCGGGAAGGAUGGCGUGCAGCAGCUGCGGCGGCACGGGCACCGGCCGGCCGGUGCCCGUCCAGCUCUCGAUGAGGCCCAAUAGCCCGCCGAACUAG